AUGGGCUGGUGGAAAAAGAUUCAAAAGCUCAACCCAACAGACUUUGAUGUCUUCAACAAGAAUUCAGAAGUGCGUGAACAGUUGGCCAACAUCGACAAGAAUGUUCUUCAGGGUCUUUGGGAUUUCAUCAAAGAUCCUUUAGAACCUGUCGCGGAAGAAUAUAUCAGAUAUAUUCAAAAUCAAGUUCAUGGCUACAAACCUUUACCUCGCUGGUUGAAGCUCGUGCUUCAAGAAAUUGAUGCGUAUGAUGUUGAGAUUACAGCGAUUGGUUACGCUGAAAAUGUCGACACGUUGCAAGAUGGAUUUGCAGUCACCAUAGGCAACAAUAUUCAUUUCCCAGGGGCGAUCAAUCUCGGUGAAAACGGCCCAGGUAGUGAAUACGAUGUGAAGACCAUGCUUCACGAACUGGAGCACGUGGUACAAUACAAACGGCAUGGCGGAGUGACUUCGUUCCUUCUUAAGUAUGUCAUACAAGCUGGCGUCGGCAGUCUCGAGUCACUUCAGAAGAUUGGAAAGUCUUGGAAAGACUUCGUCCUCAAAGUCCACAACAACAUGGAUUUGGAGAAGGACGCCGAUAGCAAAGCAAACAGCUUGAUCGACCGAGUUAUGUCGGAGGGUCGCCAGCUAUCUCUGGGCCGUACAACUUUGAAGAAGCGAAAUCUGGGGUCGCGUUUGAUAUUGGACAAUGCGACCAUGUAUGAAGGCGAUUUCAUGCAGUCCGAAAAUGGUCUCUACGAAUUCAUCUGUCAAGCAGAUGGCAACGUCGUAAUGUAUGGUCCUGGCUACAUACCAUUUUGGUCCAGCUCUACAGAUGGUAUAGGAAGCCCACCCUAUCGUAUCGUGGCACAAGAUGACGGAAACGUUGUGCAGUACGGCCGUCAUAACUCUGAGGACCUAGCCAUCUGGCGAACUGGUACGCGAGGUCUAGAAGGUCAGGUUCUAAUUCUUCAGGAUGACCGCAAUCUGGUCAUUUAUGCCAGCGGGAACCGGCCUGUCUGGCAAAGUCGUACGUAUCUUGGAGCAUAG